CUACUACGCGUUUCCGUAUCAGCUGUAAGUUUAUGCUUUUCUCUACACGUAAACGUCAAUCACCAUAAGCAAUAAUAAUGGAUGCGUGUAAUAAUGUCGAGCGCGAAGUGGAUAAAGUUUUAUCGAAAUUCACUACUAUUAACGAACAUGCAGAAACAAUGUUGUCCGAUCUGAUAAAUCACAUUGAAUCCCUUGAGAGAGAUUUAGAGACAGUACCACUUGAACAUAAUGUAACACCUGAGCAAGUGCAAGUACUGAAGCAAGCAAUGACAAAAAUACGUGAUACUGUAAUAAAAUUGGCAACAGAUCACCGUGACUUGCACGGUACAGUCUCCAGAGUAGGUAAGGCAAUAGACAGAAAUUUCAUCGCCGAUUUUGCUAGUACCAGCAGAGAAGAUGUAUUCUGUGGGUCAGAGAAAUCUCAUCUCCUAAAUCAAGUAAUUUGCCAACACUUUUAUCGCCAAGGGAUGCUGGAUAUUGCUGAUGAAUUAGCAGCAGAAGCUGGAAUCAAGACCGAUGAGGGCAGAAAGGAACCAUUCACAGAAUUAAAUUUCAUACUAGAUUGUUUAAAACAGAGAAAUCUUGAACCAGCAUUAGAAUGGGCUAAGAAACAUAGAGAAGCACUGUUGGCGCAAAAUUCUUCUCUUGAAUUCAAACUGCACCGAUUACAUUUUAUAAGACUAGUUCAACAAGGUCUCUGUAAGCAAACAGAGGCCAUAUUAUACGCUCGUCAAAAUCUCACACAAUUCGUUGGACGUCACGAAAAGGACGUGCAAUCUUUAAUGGGUACUUUACUCUAUUUACCACAUGGUAUUCAGUCAUCUCCCUACAGCCACUUAUUGGAUCCAACUCUGUGGCUCGAGAUACAUGAUGUUUUUACCAAGGAAGCUUGCAUGUUAUUAGGCUUAAGUGUUGACAGUCCACUCUCUGUUUGUAUUAAUGCAGGAUGCACCGCAUUACCUGCGUUAUUAAAUAUCAAACAAGUUAUGCAACAAAGACAAGUGACUGGCAUUUGGAGUGGCAAAGACGAAUUACCCAUUGAAAUAGACUUGGGUAAGCAAGGUCGUUAUCACUCUGUUUUCGCCUGUCCUAUUCUCAGGCAACAGAGUACAGAGAGUAAUCCACCAAUGAAACUAGUUUGCGGGCACGUUAUAUCACGUGACGCAUUAAAUAAGCUCACCAGCGCGAAUAAAAAUCAAUUUGUUUCAAGGUUAAAAUGUCCCUAUUGCCCCGUGGAGCAGAAUCCUGAAGACGCGAGACUUAUUUAUUUUUAGGCUGUGAUAUAUUAUAUACAUGUAAAAAGCUAGUUUUACAGUUUCUUUGUAAUGGAUUAUAUAUUAAAGGAAAAACUAUACAUAACGCAAGACGCAAUAACCGAGAAAUCGUAAAACUCCAUACUCUACAUCCAUCGUCAAUAACUAUAUUGUUCUGAUGGAGUUCUGUUUGUUACAAUAUUGAAAUUGUUUCCAUUUUUUCUACAAAACGCAGAUGUAAGACCGUUAAUUUGUAUUAGCUUCACAGUCUUUUUAAGAAAAUCAGUUCUCUAUAUUAUAUAUAUAUAUAUCUAUGUAUGUAUGUAUGUAUAUAUAUAUAUAUAUAUAUAUAUAUGUAUAUAUAUAUGUAUUUACAUAUAUAUAUAUUUGAACAAAGAAAAAAAAUUAAGGAACUGUGAUAGCUUUAAUAUUUGUGAGGUAGACUUAAUUGUGCAAUUGUAUCGUAGAUAGAAAAUUCAUAUUAUCCUAGACUAAGAAAGACUUCAGCUUUCUAUGCGAUUGACAAGUUGAAAGCCAUAAAUGUAUGUGUGAGACGCCUAACAAAUUUGUUAUGAGAUUUUCUUCAUAUAAAUGUUCAUUUUUUGUUUCAAUUGUACCGGCUUGAUUAAAUGAAGAUUAUUUUAUAGAAA